GGAGCAGCAGCGGCGGCGACAGCUGGGGGCUGCCGCACUCAAUGAGCCAGGCUCCCGCAGCCGCCGCCCGCCCCGCUCGCCCCUUCCCCGCCUCCCGAGGGCAGCGGCGCCCAGCCAGCCCCGCCGCCGCGGGGGGGGUACCGCGGACAGCAGCAGGCGGAGGCGGGCACAGGCCGCCCGCCCCGGGGCUGGAGGCUGAGGCGGGCAGAGGCAGCUCCGGCUCUUCCCGAGGAGGAGGUGGCGGCGGCGGCGGGGACUGCAGAGCAAAGACAGGAGUACAUUCAGAUCUGAUGAGGGAAUUGAUCCCUCUGUCCGCCUCCCCCAGCAAGUCACCAUCCCGUGUCUAGCAGAGGUAGGGAAUAUCUGCAAGGAAGACCAAGUCCUUCAAGGUCAGAGGAGACAGUUUCAAGUUUACAUACAGAGGCAAAUGAGAAAGCAAAUCUCUUGAAACAUAAACAGUGGUACUUCCCUGGAGGGAGGAGAUGGGGAUUCUCCUGUUGUUCUGAGUGUUGCCAGGUGCCAGAAGUGGUCCCCAGUGGUGGACAAUUAUUCUGAGUGACGGCCCUUGCACGCGCUUCUGAGUGGUUAUCAUGGGCUUCAUUGCCUUUCUGAAGACCCAGUUCAUAGUUCACCUCCUCAUUGGGUUUGUCUUUGUUGUGAGUGGACUGAUCAUUAACUUCAUUCAACUAUGCACGCUAGUCCUCUGGCCCAUAAACAAGCAGUUUUAUCGCCGAGUAAACUGCCGCCUUGCCUAUUCACUUUGGAGCCAGUUGGUAAUGCUGCUGGAAUGGUGGUCAGGCACAGAGUGCACCUUGUUCUCAGACGAGGCCACGGUGAACACCUUUGGGAAAGAACACGUCAUCAUCAUCUUGAAUCACAACUUUGAAAUCGACUUCUUGUGUGGCUGGACUAUGACAGAGCGCUUUGGAGUGCUAGGGAGUUCCAAAGUUCUUGCUAAGAGAGAGCUACUAUAUGUGCCCCUGAUUGGCUGGACGUGGUACUUCCUUGAGAUUGUUUUCUGCAAAAGGAAAUGGGAAGAAGAUAGAGAUACGGUUAUUGAAGGAUUAAAACGUUUGGCUGAUUAUCCUGAAUAUAUGUGGUUUCUCCUGUACUGUGAAGGAACUCGUUUUACAGAGACCAAGCAUCGUAUCAGUAUGGAGGUAGCUGAAUCCAAGGGAUUGCCUAAACUGAAAUACCACCUGUUGCCCAGAACCAAAGGUUUCACCACUGCUGUCCAGUGUCUCAGGGGAACAGUUUCAGCAGUGUAUGAUGUAACACUAAAUUUCAGAGGAAACAAGAACCCGUCUUUAUUAGGAAUUCUUUAUGGAAAGAAAUAUGAAGCAGAUAUGUGUGUAAGGAGAUUUCCUCUGGAAGAUAUCCCUCAAGAUGAAAAAGAAGCUGCAAACUGGCUUCAUAAGCUUUACCAGGAAAAGGAUGCUUUGCAAGAGAUGUAUAAUCAGGAAGGCAUAUUUCCUGGCCAGCAGUUUAAACCUCCUAGGAGACCAUGGACUCUCCUAAACUUUCUUUUUUGGGCCACAGUUCUCCUCUCUCCUCUCUUCACAUUUGGCUUUGGAGUUUUUGCAAGUGGAUCACCUCUCCUUAUCCUUGCAUUCCUGGGACUUGUUGGAGCAGCUUCCUUUGGAGUUCGUAGACUGAUAGGAGUAACUGAAAUAGAAAAAGGCUCCAGCUAUGGCAACCAAGAAUUCAAGAAAAAGGAGUAACUGACAGCUGCAGUUCAGCACAUAUAACCAGACUAUGGUAUCCGAUUAAUUUCAGUUAAAAAAACAACAACAAACACUUAGAAACUAUCUUUUUCUUAAUAACUGAUGACUAAUAUUAAUGAAUAAAACUUGAGCCAAGAAUGAAGAAGUUGGAGGCAUCAACUGAAGAGAACACAUCAACUUUCUGCCUGUUUAAGGAUUACUGUAGUCAAACUAUGGGAGAAAAUCUGUGGUGGGGUGUAAGAAGAAACUAAUUUUUCUUGCUUUGUUGCGGGACUUGGGGGUGGGGGAGAAACGAGGGCAUUGGCCAUGGCCACGUGCAUCUUCAGAUGACUGAAUACACUGGUUUCUGUCAAGAGCACUACACUCACUUUUACAACAGGAGCCAUUGAAUGUUUCCUCUAGCUAAAGCCAAUGUAAUGUUUGUUGAUUUCCAACUUUUUUUAUUAAUGAGCCAGGAAAAAACAACCCUUCUUAAAUUAAUUGACCGAUGUUCAUUGGGUUAGAGUCAUUUUUGGAAAGGCUGUGUUGUCAUGGCUACAGAUUAAAUCCUAUUUGUAUGUUACACUGAUCCUUUUAUUUUCAGGCAAGGUCUUAAAACUUCUGUAAUGCGAGCGAAUGGAUAGUGGAGUUUGGAAGCAGUGCGUUAUUGAUCAGCACAAACUAUAGAACAGAUCCACUAGUAUUAAAACAGUAUAAAGUUCUUAUCAUAUCUCCUGCUAACUGCUCAAGGCUGUUUAAUUUCAAAAUAUUACUUCAGUCUUGACUGUUGUUUGCCCUGUUUCACAUCAUACAGGUACGAUAAUCUUGAAUAGUCUGUUUGGACGUGUUUUGUUUUCUGAAUUAAUGCUGACAGUGGGAUUUGGAGUUGUGCAAAGAAGGAAAUUUAUUCAGUUUUCCUGA